GACUAUAAACACUUCUGUUUUGUGCACAUCUCUCUCAGAUAGGAAUGGCUAAAGAAUUGGAGGAAACUCCAUAAUCAUCCAAUUUUAACAUAACCUCAUCCACUAGUAGAUGAACGACCUAUUUAGAAUGACUUUUUAAGUAUUUAAAAACUACUUAAAAAUCAUUCCAAAGAGCCGAAGUUACAUGCUCAAAGCUUCAAAUGAGAGAGAUAUGACCCAGAGGAGCAUUUUUCCUAUACAUAUUUCACCAUCCUUGAGAAGAUGCUUCCUGUCUUGAGAGGUUUUGUAUCAACUUUUGACAAUUUUAACAACUAUUCCUUGUGUUUCUUUAAGAUGGAAAGGAAUCAAUUGUUGAGGCAGAUGAACAGCAUGAGACGAUCACUUUUUGAUCAGGGCUUCCUUGAUGAACAAUUUGUCCAGUUGGAGGAGCUGCAAGAUGAAGCUAACCCAAAUUUUGUUGAGGAAGUUGUAACUCUAUGCUACCGUGACUCCUAUAGAUUAAUCCUCAACUUAGAACAAGCAUUACAGAAGAGCCCUCUUGACUUUAAUCAGUUGGAUAGCUAUAUGCAACAGUUCAAGGGAAGUAGCUCAAGCAUUGGAGCAAAAAAGGUGAAAGCUCAAUGCGCACUUUUUAGGGAAUACUGUAAGGCUGGAAGUGGAGAAGGAUGCUCUAGGACUUUCCAACAACUGAAGAAAGAACAUACAGCUCUGAAAAAGAAGUUUGAAGCUUAUUUUCAGAUGAAAAGGCAAGCUGGUCCUAGUCAAAUUGCAAGUCGUCCCAAGUAAGAAAUGAUGGGCAAUCAAAGGCUAAGACUUGAGACUUUAGUUGUUAAGUUUGGUAGCAUGUUUAUGGAAAUCAAGCAGUUUCAGGUGGGUACAGAGGCCUUGUUAUGUAAAGAUUUCAGUUUCAAGAUUUGUCUCUUAACUUUCUUGGUAAAUGGGAAGUAAGCAAGUCUUUGUUUUCUUGUAAAUGGCUGGCUAAUAGACUAAAAAAUAAUUGUCCUUUGAUGUGGUCAAUUGCAUAGCAUCAAAGUGCUUUUGUGUCUA